AUGUUUGUUGUGUUACGUUUUUUUCGUUAUCUGUCAUAACUUGAAUAUUAGAAAUUUCAUUAAGCGAAAGUACUCAAUGGACAGCAAAUAUGAAGCACUGCCAACAGUGCCUUCUGCAGCUGUUUUCCACGACAAUGGAAGCCUAUUUAGGCAUAAAAACGCUGGGGCCGUUAGAAAGCAGAAAUUGUUGAAAUGGAUUGGCAUUCUCUUUAUUGUGCUGACAGUCUUUGGAUGCGCAUUUUAUCGGAUUGUUGCAGAAACCAAGCAUUCAGCUAAUUUACUACAACAGAAUGUCUUCCAUCUUUUGUCUACAAGAAAUUCUGCAAAAAUCUUUAUGUGGGAUGUCUCUGGUGCAAAUGUAACACUGCUCCUGCAGAAUCAAGUGACUUUCUCUGAAGAUGUUGGAAACCCAGUUUCAUGUGACAACAGUUCUUUUGAUCUGUGUCUGAAAUGGGAAAAAGAAGGCAGCAAGCUUCCAAAUGCAAAAUUAACUUUAAGGCAGUUCCAGAUAAGUGAGGGUGUUGAAUGCCAUAAAUUAAAUGUGUCUGCUGCUUGGAAUGCAGAUAUAACAUCUUGUGUGUCCAUAACAGGAGAGCAUCUGUAUGGUGGUCCAGUUUUGAAACAAUCUCAGUACUGGCCCAGUGAGAAAAAUGAAAUGCAGAAUGUGCCACGUGCCACUGGACAGGGCACAAUUAAUGGAGUUGCAGAAUCAUUCUGGAUAACAUCUGGAGGAAAAGUUUUUUAUGUUCCUCGUGAUGUUCCAUUGUUUAUCUCCCAAGACAGUCGUCAACUUUGUUUUCGAAGCAAACUUGCGUCACCCUACCUCCGAGAUACUGAAACCACUGUUAAUAUGAAACUUUAUUACUGCCAGAGCAAUGAUGCACAGAAGCUGCACAGGGCAACAGUUAAACGUUUCUUGGGGCUUCCAUCAGGCAUUCCAGACAAAGAAAUGAUACAAAACCCAGUGUGGUCUACUUGGGCCAGAUACAAGAGAGAAAUAAAUGCCACUGUUGUAACGGACUUUGCUGCUCAGAUAGCAGAGUAUGGGUUUAACAGGAGCCAUUUAGAAGUUGAUGAUCGGUGGGAAAGUUGCUAUGGUGAUUUUAAAUUUAAUGAAGGAUUCCCAGAUCCUGGACAGUUUAUUCAAGACCUCAACAAUAAAGGUUUUAGAGUUACCUUAUGGGCUCAUCCAUUUGUCAGUACUGUAUGUUCAGCAUAUUCUGAAGCAAAGUCAAGGAACUAUCUUGUGAAAAAUCUGGAUCAAAGUUGGGACAGAACUGUAUGGUGGAAUGGAAUUGCUGGUCUUGUAGAUUUCACAAAUCGUAAUGCAACGUCUUGGUGGAAUGGGAAACUAACAGCUUUAAGAGACAACUAUGGAAUUGAUGGUUUCAAAUUUGAUGCUGGUGAAACUUCUUACAUGCCUGGAUCUCCAGAAGUUGGACACCUUCAGUCUCCUAUAAGACUGCAGCCAAAUAUUUUCACUUCACAGUAUGUGGAAAAUGCAGCGUCACUUAGUAGAAAUGAAUUGAUGACUGAAUUCAGAGUUAUGUACAUGAAUCAAGGUCUGCCAGUGUUCUUGCGAAUGUCAGAUAAAGAAUCUACCUGGGGUUAUGAAAAUGGCUUGAAGUCUUUAAUACCAACCUUAUUAUCACUCAAUAUUGUUGGGUAUUCAUUUGUUCUGCCUGAUAUGAUUGGAGGAAAUGGAUAUAGUACUAAACCAAGCAAAGAACUUUUCAUACGCUGGUUGCAGGCCUCUACCUUCAUGCCUUCUCUUCAGUUUUCGUACACUCCUUGGGAUUACGAUGACGAAACAGUAGAAAUUGCAAAGAAGUUUACUAGCCUUCAUGCAGAGUAUGGAAAUAUGAUCAUUGAUUUAGCAGAACAGAAGGUUACGAAUGGAACACCUAUUAAUUUGCCAAUCUGGUGGCUUAAUCCUGCUGACACAACUGCACUUGGAAUAGACUCAGAAUAUCUAUUGGGUGAGAAUUUGCUUGUGGCACCAAUACUAGAAGAAGGAGCAACAAGCAGAGACAUAUAUUUACCUGUUGGAACGUGGGAACAGAAAGUGAGAAGUGAUGCAACAACUGUUAUUACUGGCCCUGCAUGGAUCAAAGGUUAUAGAGUUGAACUUGAUGAGUUAGCGUAUUUUGUACGCGUGUCAUGAAUAAGUUCAUACAGUUGUAAAAAUAUUUAAAUUCGUAUGCAAUGUAUUAAUCGUUCAUGUAUUUGGAGAGUUAUGAGCCAUAGUAGCGCAAACAGCCACAUGAAAUGUGUAACACUUAUUGUCAGGCAUUCAUGAAGUUGUAUGUUCUGAAGAUAAGUAAGAAGAGAUGAAGAUCUUUUCUCUAAAGUGAAUUCUCUGGUUCAGUUAUAUGAACCUAUGAUGUCGUUUAGCCUGUCUGUAGCCCAGAAUUUUGGUCAUGUUGUCUCUCUUUAACGUAACUUUUUAGUUUCAUAUUUUUAAUUUUCAGAGUAUAAUUUUAUAAAUUGCUGAUUCUCAUCAAAAGUUGAAGUGUUUGUCAUGCAUUGUGUUAAAUAUUUCAUGGUGUUACACUUUCAGUGCUCUCUUAUAUGCUUUUAUUUUGUGAGUUGAAACUUGUGUGCAUAUUUAUACACUGUGGAAUGCAAAGGCUGUGAAACUUGGUGUUAUACUGUAUACAUAGUUAUUAUUUUACUAAGUUUGUAUACUGAUACUAAUGUCUGAAUUAUUAAACCUGCGUUUCAAGUUUGCUUGUUGCUAUCUUGAAUUGUAGU